GGGCAAGGGGUGGGGGUAUUGCAGUGAGCUGGUUCGUAUGUGCAACUGGGCAGGAUUCUGGCUUACAUUAAGGCCCUUUCUCCCAUUUGGGCACUAUAAAGGCUACGAGGGGAAAUUUAAGGCUGGCAUCCAAGGUUUGGUCUCCUUUGAAAGCCCCUGAUGCAGCGUUCAGGGCUCUCCAUGUCGGUGAGAAUCAGGCGCGCUCUGCUCCGGACGCCGGACAAGGGAGCGUGCCUUCAUGCACCGUUUUAUUUGCUUCCUUGCUGGAACCCACAGGAAUGAAUAAAUCACGGCGGAGGUGCAAAUACGAAACCAGGAAGGAGCUAAAGCAGCUGCAGAGCCUCAGAGGCUGGUAAGAGCCCACUGCAAGCUGCUGGCCAGGCGGCGAUAUUGUUUCAUGGGUGUGUUUUCCCCACCCCCCCUCCGAUUUCAGCAGGCUGAAUACAGUGGGCCUGCUGCCAGACACUCCCAGCACUCCCGGUAAACUGAUCCCCUUCUCUGCCCUCAAGCCAAGCCCAGCUCCUGUAGUGGAUAAAAGGAGAGGAAGUUCCAGCUGGGAGCCUCAGAGGGACUCUACUCACUCUCCUCCUCUCCAGCACCACUUUCCUGAGCUUUUCCUUGACGUUGGGGAAAGCCCAGACCCCAGCUGAAUAGCCAUGUCUCGCUCCGUGACUUUUAGCUCCCGCUCUGCAGCAAUGCCAGGGAUUAGCCAGGUCCGAGUCAGCACCGUCUCCUCAUCCCGUGGUGUGGGAGGGGGUGCUGGCUUGGGAAGGGUAGGCAGCUUUGGCAGCUCCAGUCUCUAUAACCUAGGCUCUAGCAGCAGGAGAGAGUCCCCGAUCAUACGUGGCAGCUCCUACAGCGUCCGCUCUGGAUAUGGAUAUGGCGGUGGCCUCCCUGCUGGGUUUGGCAGUGGGCUCCCAUCUCCUGGCAUCCAAGAGGUCACCAUCAACCAGAACCUCCUGGCACCCCUCAACCUGGAGAUUGACCCCACCAUGCAGAAGGUGCGGCAAGAGGAGAAGGAGCAGAUCAAGACCCUCAACAACAAAUUCGCCUCCUUCAUUGACAAGGUCCGAUUCCUAGAGCAGCAAAAUAAGAUGCUGGAAACCAAAUGGAGCCUCCUGCAGGACCAAAAGACGGCCCGGAGCAACAUUGCUCCCCUCUUUGAGGCAUACAUCAGCAACCUCCGGCGGCAGCUGGAUGGGCUGAUGAACGACAAAGGGCGUCUGGAGGGCGAGCUGAAGAACAUGCAGGAUCUUGUUGAGGAUUUCAAGAACAAAUACGAAGAUGAGAUCAACAGACGCACAACAGCAGAGAACGAGUUUGUGGUGCUCAAAAAGGAUGUCGAUGGUGCCUACAUGAACAAGGUGGAGCUGGAGGCCAGGGUGGAUGCCUUGACUGACGAGAUCAACUUCCUGAGGUCCCUCUAUGAAGCAGAACUCCAGGAGCUGCAGACACAGAUCUCUGACACCUCUGUGGUCCUGUCUAUGGACAACAGCCGUAAUCUGGACCUGGACAGCAUCAUUGCUGAGGUCAAAGCUCAGUAUGAGGACAUUGCCAACCGGAGCCGGGCGGAGGCAGAGUCCUGGUACCAGAGCAAGUUCGAGGUACUGCAAGCCACUGCUGGGAAACACGGAGACGACCUGCGCAGCACCAAGAACGAGAUUGCUGAGACUAACCGCAUGAUCAUGCGGCUGCAGUCUGAGAUUGACAAUGUGAAAAACCAGCGUGCCAAGCUGGAGGCAGCCAUCGCUGAGGCUGAGGAACGUGGUGAGAUGGCCAUCAAAGAUGCCAGGGCUAAGCAGGAUGAGCUGGAGGCCGCCUUGCAGAAGGCCAAGCAGGACAUGGCCCGCCAGCUGCGGGAGUACCAGGAUCUCAUGAAUGUCAAGCUGGCGCUGGACAUUGAGAUUGCCACCUACCGAAAGCUGCUGGAGGGCGAGGAGAGCAGACUGGCUGGAGACAGACCUGACAAAGUCAGCAUCUCGAUGGUCAGCUCUAGCGGUGGAAGUGGAUAUGGCAGCGCAGGUGGAAUCGGCUAUGGAAGCAGCUUUGGCCUGGGAGGAGCCAUGGGCAGCGGGGCCUUGAGCUUUGGCACUGGAGGCGGCUCCAGCCCGGUGAAAGCAUACUCCAUGACAACGACCUCUAGCAGCAGGACAAGCAUCAGAUAAGCUGCAGAAGCUAAAUUGCCACUGCCGAAAGAAAGAGGUUUUUGUUGUGUCCCAAUAGGUAAAAUGGCUCCAAUAUCCCUGCAACGAUGAAUGAAAGAGCAAUAAGACGCAUCCCAGUCUACGACCCAACCACAGUUUCAAUCCCGAGCUCUUGAACCCAAAGUGAGCUUUGCCACUCACGGCUUGACUAAGCCUCUAGUGUGAAUUUCAUCCUCAUGCAGAGGGCAAAGCUAUCCCUACAUGCUCCUGAACCCUUUGGAUGACCUCUCUGCUUGAGGCUGAAUUUCACCCAAGGCAAAAUCAUUUCAAUAUUGAGUUUUCCCACGUAUCUGCUGAGGGUUUUCAAAGGAGUAAAACAAAGUAGGGUGCUUAACUUCCCGUGAAGGAGGUUUGAGUUCCCAACUCCCUUAGGCUACUUUGCAAACUCAAGCCCCCUUUUUAAUGAACACAAAAGUGGUCCUAGUUUUUAUUUAGAAAGAAAGGAGAAGUUUGCUAAAAUGUGGCGAUUUCCCCCCACAUUUCUGAAACAGAAACAAUCUUUAAACCACCCUCCUUUGAAUUAAAGUAAUUUCUUAUAGAAAACCUAGUAGACAGAUUUAAAUCUGGCUUUUUAUAAUGCAAAAAUUCACUUAUAAAUGAAGGUCAAGAAAUUAUGAAAACUGAAAUGUUCCCUCUUCCCCCCCCCCCCCCAAAAAAAAUUUGCAUAUAAUUUUA